AUGGAAGGACCGAAGAAUAUUCACACGCAGGCAUAUGUUGUUGACCACAAAGGGGCUCCAUUUAUCCUUCGAGAGGUGAUUCUGGACGAGGUCCGGUCCGAUGAGGUGUUGAUUGAGAUGAGAUAUACUGGUCUGUGCCACACGGAUCUUGUGGUGCCAAAAGGGGGUAUGCCCAUUGGUGACUAUCCCGUCGUACUUGGCCAUGAGGGUCUCGGUGUUGUGCGAUGGAUCGGCUCCGCUGUGGCGGAUAAGUCGCUCACACUCGGGGAUACUGUGAUUCUGUCAUUCCACACUUGUCAGAAUUGUAAGAGUUGCAAAGCCUCCCAGUGCGGUGGCUGCCCUGAUAUGACAAAUAUCAAUUUCCUUAGCACUGCUCGCAAGGGCCCUGGCCAAAAAUCACCUAUAUCCUUGCCUGAUGGGAGGAGUGUGCACGGACAGUUUUUUGGGCAGUCGUCACUCAGCAAAUUGGCCGUUGUCACCGAGAAAUGCCUGAUCAAGCUUGAUGCACACCCGGAAGAGCUGAAGUACUUAGCACCAAUGGGGUGCGGGUAUCUAACGGGUGCGGCAACAGUCAUCAACGUGCUUCAGCCGCAGGCCGAGGACAGCGUUGUGGUACUUGGGCUGGGUGCAGUCGGCUGUGCGGCAAUACUGGCUGCAAAGGCUCUUGGAGUGAAGCACAUUGUGGCUCUUGAUAUCCUUGACACAAAGCUGAACUUGGCAUUUUCUCUUGGGGCCACAAAUACAGUCAACACCUCUACGCAGCCCGACCUCGAAGGGAGUCUCCGGGCAAUCCUACCUAAUGGUGCUGACAAGAUCAUUGAUACGACAGGAUCGGCAGGKUUGUUGGAAACCGCCAUUCAGUGUCUAGGUCAUGGCGGAACACUGGCACUGGUAGGUGUGCCGCCAGCGAAUGCGACAUUGAAUAUUAAUGCAUUAGACCUGUUGUUGUCUUGCAAACGUGUAACCGGUGUUAUUGAAGGGCUUUGUGACCCUAAGAAGUUCGUCCCUCAAAUCUUCCGACUUUUUCGAGAUGGCCAAUUUCCCAUUGAUCGCCUCGCAAAAGUGUACCCGGCCAUCCAAAUAGGUCAAGCAAUCAAUGAUCUGCAAUUUGGACUUGUUGUAAAGCCCAUACUAGAGUGGGAUGAUAUCGUGUGA